AUGCUGCGAGCUCGGACAACUGGCAAAGUGCCAGAAAUUCUGCGGGUCCGGAUGAUGGCAUCAGGAGAAGAGGUCCUUGCCCUUUCGGCUCCAGAAUUUGAGUCUGCGAUUGUCCCGCUGGGAAGGUGUACACGCAGUUUGAAGGAACAUUUGUCGCGCUUGACUGGAUGCCCCCGCUUUCGGCUGCGGCUGCUACAUAGAGGCUGCACUGUUUCAGAUGAUACCUGGUUGGGCCUCCCAAUUGCCCUGGAUUUGGUUAGGCUGACAUUUCAGCUUCCAGAUCAUGCUCACCUUGCGGAAGUCGGAGCGGCAGCGUCCAUGGACGAUGUGACCACAGUGGAAGCCUUCCUGCAAGAGCCUCAGGAUCCCAAUCUUGCAAACGACCGUGGCAUGACUUGCCUAUGCUUUGCGGCGCAACAUGGUCAACUGAGAUCUGCAAAGCUGCUUUUGGAAGCAACCGCUGAUGUCAACAAGGGUGAUGAACAUGGAGUCACACCGUUGCAUUUCGCCGCUGCCGAGGGCCAGAAGCGGUUCGUGCGCUGGCUUAUCAAGCAUGGUGCCAGCACCGAGAUUACGACAGCACAUGGCGAUACUGCCUUGCACUUUGCUUGUGACAUGGGGCAGCGCAAGGUUGUGCGUCUUUUGCUCAAGGCUGCCGCAGACACCAUGAAGCAAGACUCUCGCGACGGUGCCACGCCUCUGCACUGCGCAUGUGUACCGGGCCAUGCCAAAAUUGUGCAAUUAUUGCUCGAGGCGGGAGCUGAUGUUAACGCGAAGUCGAUAAGUGGAGCAACAGCGGUGCACUGGGCUUGCCAUCGGGGUCACGUGGAAAUCGCGCGCGUUUUGUUCACAGCAGGUGCUGACAUCAACCAGGUCAGCGACACCGGAGCGACGCCUCUCUAUUGUGCCUGUGAUGUGGGUCAUUUGGAAAUGGUGGUCUUUCUAAUCACUGCUCGAGCAAAUAUCCACCAGGAGACCACAAACGGCAUGACACCCUUGUUUGUGUCCAGCUUUCUGGGACAUGCGGAUAUCGCACAAGUGCUUGUGGAGGCAAGUGCUGACAUUGAGAAAACCACUGGUGACCAGUCACCGUUGCAUAUUGCAUGCAUAAAUGGUUACACAGACACAGUUCGUGUGCUGCUUCGUGGAGGAAGAAGGGGUCACCAAGCCCGCCCCCAAUCUGAUGCUAUCAUACUCAGAGCUUUGCACCUAGCAUGUGCUUGCAGUCACGUGGAGGUUGUCCAGCUUUUGGUUGCAACUGGUGUUGACAUUGACGCCUUUGAUCAGCACGGCCUUACACUGCUGCAUCACGCCUGUGCGCUUGGACAUGUAGAAAUUGCAAGCUGCUUUCUUCAGGCCAGUGCUACGGUUGAUGUAAAAGCAUUUGGUGGAACAACGCCAUUGCAGUUAGCGUGCUUGGCAGGCAACGUGACUACCGUGCAGGCUUUGCUUCGUAACGCGGCAAACGUAGACAUGGCUGACUCGCAGGGCGUCACACCGUUGUUGGCUGCUUGCCACCUCCAGCAUGUGAAUCUUGUGCAUAUGCUCAUAGAGAGCCGUGCAACAGUCAACACACCUGCGUCAGGCGGCGUAAUGCCUUUGCAUGUGGCUUGUGCCCAUGGCCAUGGAGAGAUAACGCGCCUCCUCAUACACGCAGGCUCAGACUUGGAGAUGCCUUCAGCCGACGGUAAGACAGCCCUGGGCUUUGCACGUGGCCUUGGCCACUGGAGUGUCGUUCGCUUGCUUACAGAUGCUGGAGCUGUUGAAACGAGACAGCCAAAGAGGAGACGGCGGUCCAAGGGCCCCUAG